AGAAGAACGACGCAUCACACCUGCUUGGAGCAUCGUUUCUACAGACAUGGCACAAGACGUUUGUCCAGCAAGGCCUGAGCCGACACUCUCAUUUACCCAAGGCCUGAUCCUCGGCCAGGUCUCGGUGGUCCUCUUAAUCGCCGCGUUCAUCAAGUACUUCAUAUUCGGCGAACCCCCUUCGGCCGACGUGCGAGCUUCAUUACGAGCGACUGACCGGCGAUCGAGGACUCUGUCACACAAAAAAUCCCUUCUAAGCCUGGGGUCACCUAGUGCGCGCAAUGCCAACCAUCAACACCCCCACCACCCGACGUUAAACAAGAAGUCUAGCAUACUAAGACCGAGUCCACCAAACCUAACUAUUGACUCGAUCCUAAAUAAGACAUACUACAAGGUGGACAGUCACCAGCCAGAGAGCCUGGACUGGUUCAACGUUCUUGUGGCCCAGACAAUCGCACAAUUCCGCAGCGAUGCCCAGCACGACGAUGCCAUCUUAUCGUCCUUGACCAAGGCGCUUAACGGCGCCUCGCGGCCGGAUUUCUUGGACGAGAUUCGAGUUACAGAUUUGAGCCUGGGAGAGGACUUCCCCAUCUUCAGCAACUGUCGCAUUAUCCCCGUCGACGAGGAUGGCCUCAGUUUGGGCCAUGGGAGAGCCUUUGAUGCCAACAUGGGGGCCAGGGAAGGGGCUCGAUUGCAGGCGCGGAUGGACGUCGAUCUGAGCGACAUGAUUACGCUCGCAAUUGAGACGAAGCUACUGCUAAACUACCCGAAAAAGCUCAGCGCAGUCUUGCCCGUUGCGUUGGCCGUGUCGGUUGUCAGGUUUAGUGGUACCUUAUCGAUAUCGUUCGUCCCGAGCAACCCGUCGCAAUCGACACCGACAAAGAUGACUUUCACCUUCUUGGAUGACUACCGGCUCGACUUUUCCAUCCGAAGCCUCCUUGGCAGCCGGUCGAGGUUGCAAGACAUUCCAAAGAUUGCGCAGCUGAUCGAGUCGCUUCUCCACCGCUGGUUCGACGAGCGCUGCGUCGAGCCUAGGUUCCAGGAGAUCGCGCUCCCCAGCAUGUGGCCGCGCAAGAAGAACACUCGAGGUGGGGACGAUGCGAUUGCCGAGGCGGAGCGCUCAAUGAGCAAAGCCAAGGGCGCUGAGAUUGCGCGAGAUCUGCGCGAGGAAGCCCGGAGAGACGGCGGCCCAGAAGCAGACGGUCGGGCGGAUGUAGCUCAGGGCUCUUUGAGGCAUAGGAGACGCUCCCGGGCGGGGGAAACGUUCAACAUGCCUGGCGCGAUGCCAGGCACGAGUAUGGACAUGGCGACUUGAGGGGACCGAAGCCUCCUGGUCUAGAAUUUGCUAAGGCGGUCUGACCCGUCACCUUCACCCGCGUGUCGUCACUCGCACAGCCACCUAAUCCCAGCACUGAAUUGUCAGAAGAGCGGGUGGAAGCUGUUCGCUUUUUGUCCUACGCUUCUCCACUCAAAUGAUUGGCAGUAGGGCUAGCCAAUGAGCCGAGCUGACCCGUGGUCCUCAUAGAGACUCACAACUCAAUUAUUAUGUCGGUAGCUAUGAGAAAUGCUGGUAUAGAAACCGUAUAUCUGGCUUUUAUAUACUUUACCAUAUCAUGCAGCGAUUGAGCGCUGGGGAGAACAUUCUAUAGUUGCUGCUGCGCAGCUAACAUGCAAGGAAUCAGCCCACACAGGAAGGUUAUCACUUUACCAUGUUUCAAUGUCUUAAGUCGCUGUAAAGAGC